GUUCAAGACGGCGCUGACCCAUGGAGCGCCUGCCACUCAUACGUCAACGAGAAGCGGCAGGAAUGGGAGUUGGAGUGUCAGCAAUGCAACGAGCAGUGCCACAACAUCGACUGGUCCGAUCCAGAGCAUGAGCCAUGCAAUUGCCAUGAAGUCGAUGGUCCAUGUGACUACUGGCGUCGUGAAGAAGGUGCCCAACGUGAGUGCAUGGACGACUACUGUGGCAGGUACUGCUCGGGCGGCGAAUGUGCUUCGCUGUAUCGGUGGCAGUGCAUCUACGCUGGCUUCAGCUUCGUGUCGAGCCGCAAGGAAGAGUGUCUUUCCGAAUGUUCCGCCGCGGGUGGACCCAACCCGAUUCCGCCCAAGAACUGCCGCGCGGUGUUGAACCCUUCCACUGCCACGGAGGUGCU